AUGAAAUUCCGAAAUUCUUCAAGAUUCGUCGUCCCCUGGCUUCUGCUUGGGAUAUCAGCUGCUCUGUUUUGCGCCGGAGUCGAUUCCGGAGAAAGCAAUCCGGCGGCGGUUUAUGUGUUCGGGGACUCGAUUAUGGACACGGGGAACAACGAUUACAUCCUGACUCGCGCCAGGUGUGAUUACCCGCCGUACGGCAGGAAUUUUCCCGGCGGGAAACCCACCGGGAGAUUUUCUGAUGGGAAAAUCAUCCCCGACCUGAUUGUUGAAAAUUUGGGGAUUAAAGAUCUUCUAUCGCCGUAUCUUGAUCCCAAUCUUGGACCUGAAGAUCUUAUGACCGGUGUGGCUUUUGCUUCUGGCGGUUGUGGGUUUGACCCCGAAACGAUAAGGUCGAUGAUGGCACUAUCAAUUCCAAACCAACUCAUACUCUUUCAAGAAUAUAAGGACAAGUUAAUAGCUAACGCAGGGGAACAGAGAGCAAAAGACAUUGUCAAUCGAAGCCUCUACUUACUUUCAUCGGGAAACAACGACAUAGGAUCUACUUAUUUCCUCACCAAUAGGCACCUCGAGUACGACAUGACUUCAUAUGCCACGUUUCUUGCGAUCCAAGCUUCAGAAUUUCUGGUCGAACUGUACAAGUUGGGGGCUCGUAAAAUCGGUGUGUUCAGCACAUUAGUGCCCGGGUGUGUGCCACAAGGAAGAACCGUAGGAGGAGGAGUGGAAAGGGAAUGUGCUGAGGAUUUCAAUGAGCUUGCAAGGUUAUACAAUGGGAAGCUUAUAUCUGAAAUUGAGUAUCUCAACGACCAUCUUCCUGGCUUGAAGAUAGUGUUUGUGGAUCUGUAUGGUCCUUUGCUUGGUAUUAUACAGGACCCCCAAAGAUAUGGGUUCGAUGUAAUAAAGGAAAGUUGUUGUUGUACAGACACAGAAACCGCAAUUCUUUGCAACCAAUCGUGCCCCUCGACUUGCAGCGAUACUUCCGAGUAUAUUUUCUGGGAUGGUGUUCAUCCCACGGAAAAGACCUACGAAAUCUUAGUCUUCGAAAUUUGGGAGUCUAUAAAUCAACUAUUGUGA